CGUGUUUGCAACGAGCAAUUUUUCACUUCCAUCGCCUUAUCUGUCUUUCCAUUUAAAAUGAAUGGUAAUACGCAAUUGUGACAUUCAUUAUCAAUAAUUUUUGCUUAUAGUGUCGUGUUAUUUCCUCUAAUAGCAUAAGUCAUAAGUUUUUAUUAAGCGUGGGGAGGAAUCAAUAAGUUCUGUAUUUUUCAUAUAUUUCCAUUCUAGUUGAGAAAUGAAAAACGGAAAAAACUCAUUAAGAAAAAAAUGCAUUCAAUAUCGUUAGUCGCGGUUGGCAUUUUGUUAGCCAUAACAAUAUGCCCGUACAACACGAAUGGAACUACAACAGAAAAUACGGAACUUGAAGAGCCCGUAAUGAUGGCACUAUCAUCAAAACCUGAAGAAAAAACUCCAUAUAAGCGGGAAGUAUGGCAGGAGAGUGAAGGUGAGGUAUUAAUUCGAAAUGAGAGAGGUGCAAAAGAGAAUGGUUCAGGAUCAACAACUGGUAAGAAGCAAAAUAAAAAAGAUAAUAAAAAUCCAAACAACACAAAGAAUGCACAUAAACAACAACACUUAAACAAAACCUCUGACACAAACUCUAAAUCUGAAAAUAUACCAAGUACGACACAAGAAACUGUCAGAAAACAUCAACAAAAACAUGAAAAACAUGAGAAUAAAAUGAAUAGCAAUAGCAACAAGAAGCAUGCAAGCACAGACAAACAGAAACAUAAAGACGAAAACUCAUGCCGUUAUACAAAAGGCACUUGGACUGAAUGUGAUCCAAAAACUAAUACUCGCUCGAGAACAUUGACUUUGAAGAAAGGCGAAGGUUCUUGUGUACAAACCAGAACAAUUCAGAAGAAAUGUAAAAAGGGAAAGAGCGAAAAGGCAUGUCGAUACGACAAAGGAAAUUGGGGUGAAUGUCAACCAAAUGGUGAAAUGACAAGAAUUGACAAGCUUAAAGCAACUAGUGAUAGUGCUACUUGCCCACCAACCCGAACCAUGAAUAAGAAAUGUAAUAAAUCAAAGCAGGAAAAGCAAAUGAAAAAUCGUAAUUCCAAAGAAAAGAAGCAAAACGAUCGCAAAAACCGUCAGUAAGUUGCACCACUCCCAUAAAUAAUAUGUACACACAUUUGACAUUGAAAAGCUGUCAAAACGAUUCAUUUUUUUCUUCUUAUAAAAAAAGAAAUGAAAAUAAUAUAAGAGAAUCUUUCAAAAAGCUCUUUUUGACAUUAAUUUUAGGCAGUAAAGUAACUAGAUGGUAAAAAAAACUAGUUUUCAUCCUAUUUUUGGUUGAAUUAUUGUUUCAUAAUCUUUACACAAUGAUAAUCGUAUACAAUUUAAUGAUGAAUGAGAAGAAAAAAAAUCCAUUUAUGUCUUUUUCCUUAUAUAAAUUAAAAAAAUGAUCAAACAUUUUGUUAUCGAAAAAAAAAACCAUCAACGUCUUUAAAUAUAUAAAUAAGUAAGGUUGCAAGGAAUUUUUCAAAACUACUAUUCUAUUCAUUAGGAAGUUUAGUGAUUAAGGAUUAAAGUUUAUGAUGAAGAUGAUCGAGGCAUUUUUAAUUCUAAUUCAUACACACAAAUACACAACACAGAACAUAUUUUAAACUGAAAUAAUAAGAAAGAAACCUAAAUACUGUAAAGAAUAAAAUCUCUUCAAACUAAGAAUAAAAAAAAAAACCUUCUUUAGCAUAAAACUAAUGACAGUGAGUGAUUCCUCCCGUAUCACCUUAUAUUAUAAUGAAUCAUGAUAAGGACGAUUAUGAUGGUUAUUAUUCCCUGGAGACAUAAAGUUAAGUAGUCUUGUUGAUGGACUGUUGAGUGAGCACAAGUUCAUUAAUGCUUCCACAUAACCAAAAGAAUGUUUAACAUCUUCCAUUUAUACACACUAGUAGUUUUCAUUAUAGAAGCUAAAAGGACGAUUUUUGGUUAUAAAGUUUCAAUUUUUGAUGAACUUGAUGUAUCCAUUUAUAGUUGGUUCCACAUUCCAACUGAAUAAAAAAUUCAUGAAGUCACACGGCAGCUGAUCUAAAUGACAACCGAAGAAAAAAAGAGACUCAGUAUCGAUUUAAAAAGCGUCUGCUGUUGCUGUCAACAGUUUUGGAAACAUGCCAACCUUUUUCCAAAUUCGGAAAUGCUCGAAAAAUGAAAAAGUUUUGGAUUCACCAACCCCUUUCUAUAUCAUAUAAAAUUAAAUGACAUUAAAUGUCAAUUUUAUUGCACUGAUGUGUUUCUUACAUAUCUACAGCAUUUGAGAAGAAUUAGUCUACUUAAAUAUCAUCAACUGGUCUUUAAGAAUCAAUAAUCUGCUUUUAUAACUUUUAUGUCUCACGGGAAGAUAAUUUGCUCUUAAAAUGUAGAUCCAAGUGUCGUAAAAUUGGACGGGAAUUCGAUUUAAUGAAAAAUUCAAGAAGUUUUGCAUUUAACAUGCUUAAAUUAGGAACAGAGGUUGAAUAAUAUAAUUCUCAUCCUCAAUCAUAAGAGAUUGCAAAAGUAAUUCAAUUUUGUCCACAUGGAUGAGUUUCAAUCUUAUUAUUGUGUUUACGAAAGUUUUAACAGAAACAGCACAGCUUCAAUGUCGCAAUCAUAUCUCGAAUCCUUGUCAUUUUGACAAUAUUUUUUGAAAUUAGUGGGAUUCCAGUCUUUGGUUUCUUUAUUAAAGAAGUUUCAUACCCUUAAUUCCACUCUGCUUAAACUCCACAAAAGUAAAUACAAAAUUUGUGGCUGCAAACUUUUACAAAACAGUCGAAAUAAUAUCAAUGAUAAGCGAUCGUGUAAUUCUACACGAAACCCUUGUCAUUAAUUAAAACUUUUGCAAUCAUUUCAAUUAAUGUUAUAUCCCUCGAAAAUUUUACAGCACUCGGAUAGAAGAGAAUGGGAAAAAUUUAGUAUUAAAGUUUAAAAAAGUCUUCUUAAAAAGAAAAAAAAAGAAUGAAAAUUUCGUUUUCCUUAAGUUAUAAUGUGCCAAUUGAACGAAACAUGUUGUCAAAUAUUGAAGGAAAUUUAUUGGAAAAUUAUUUUUGUUUUUCCAACCAAAAAGAAAUGAAAAGCAUUUAAUGAAUUUAAUGAACCAUAAUUAAAGGAAGAAAAAUUACACUCACAUUCAUAACAUUUUAUCUGCCAUAAAGUAUUUUUAAAAUGAAC